AUGGCAGUGGCCAUGACAUCUUUCUUGACAGGUUCCAUCACAGUCAUAUCGUCGUUUGCUGGUAGAGAAUUGAACAUGACGACAGCGGAGAUAACCUGGAUGGGCUCUGCGUCACAGCUGUCCUCAGGAGCACUACUCUUAUUCUUUGGGAGUAUUGCUGAUCUGUUCGGCCGCAAGUCGUUGUUCAUUGGCAGCAUGUUUCUCUUCAGCGUGGUCUGUCUCGGCGCCGGCUUCGCAAAGUCAGGACUCACCCUCGAUAUCCUCAAUGGCGUUCUGGGAAUAUUUUCUGCUGCCUCGGUUCCCCCAGCUCAGGGUAUGCUAGGCGUCAUCUAUGAACGACCAAGCCGCAGGAAGAAUAAAGCCUUCGGAGCGUUCUCAGCCGGUAAUCCACUUGGGUACGUAUGCGGCACGAUCUUCAGUGGUGUGGCAACGCAAAUAUUCAAUUGGAGGGCUAGCUUCUGGCUUCUUGCGAUUGUUUAUCUCGUUGUAUCGGUUGUUGCAGUGUUUACCGUCCCAACCGACUCGACGCCGAAGGUGUCAUUCAACGACGAAACUCUGAAGAGGUUAGAUUUACCUGGCACUGUCAUGACCAUUUUUGGCAUAGGCAUGUUCUGUGCUGCACUGAGUCUCGGAAGCGAUGCGUCUGAUGGCUGGAAGACGCCCUAUGUGCUCAUCUUGCUUAUCCUAGGAGUCCUGCUCAUUACUUCCUUCAUCAUAUGGGAGAUCAAAUACCCCUAUUCAAUGAUUGACAUGAACAUCUGGAAGGACAGGGACUUCUCGCUGCUUCUUACUAUCAUGUGUUUCGGCUUCAUCGGAUUUCCCAUCCUGGCGUUCUGGAUCGCACUGUAUUUCCAAAAAGUUCAGGGCUACUCAGCGCUUAACACGGGCGUGCACAUGUUACCCAUGGUUAUAACCGGGCUCAUGGCCAACGCUGUCGCUGCUCUCAUUCAACACAAAGUGUCCAACAAACUUCUCAUGGCCAUCGGUGCAGUCGCUUACCUUGUGUCCUUCAUCCUCGCCGCCGUCCAAAGAUACGGCGACUCCUACUGGGCUUUCUCCUUCCCUGCCCUCUGUCUCUGCGUCAUCGGUGCCGAUUUUCAGUUCAUAGUCUCCAAUAUGUAUGUCCUCUCUUCCAUGCCAUCCAAUCGUCAAUCCAUCGCCGGCUCCCUCUUCCAAACACUCUCCCGCCUUUGCUCCGCCGUCGGUUUCGGUGUCGCUACUGCAAUCUUCAACGCUGUGAGCCGUAAUCCUUCUUCGUCGGGGUACUACGCGAACAACCCUUUUGAGCCUUUUGCGGCGUGCUUUUGGUUCUCGGCGGGAAUGGCUGCUGUGGGAAUUUGCUUCGUGCCGUGGCUGAGGAUAGGCACGCAAGGAGGAGGGGAAAAUGCGACCAAGGAGGAGGAGUGA